GCGGGAAUGGGAGUAGAGCGGUUCUCAUGCGAUGAGUCAGAUACAUGCAUCGAUUUCUUAUUACUCAGAAGGGCGAAGCUUGGUGACGCACAAGAGUCCACGGUUGUGAAACUGUUCUACCAUCCCUGUUCAUGUAAAUUAUGAAAAGGAAGAACUAACAAAGAAGAACUAUAGCUGAGCGAAUUACUUUUGUUUGUGGGUUUUCUUGGUUGAAUAUCAGGGUCGUAUGGGGUGCAACAGGUAGCCAGCCUUACCACUGAGAACGGAAGGCAUGUGAUUAUGUUUAUUCAAGGUAACCAUAUAAUCUCUGAUCGCUUUAAUGAACUCGAUAUAGUAGCCUAGGUUACGUUGUGAAACGUUAAGAAUACUGAUAUGUCCGCGCAAGGGUUGCUGAGCAGCGUUUUCUUAUGCUCCUCGCCAACAUCCAAAACAAGGUCCAAACGGAGACUGAGAAAGACUAUAAGUUUGGACCCAGCUUUGAUAAAACGCUAUGGGACUGAACCGGAUGGGACAUCUGGUCAAGCAGAUGAUCAAAAGUCGCUCCGAGCCUCAAACGAAAGCCUCUCCAAACUAGAUGCGCGCCUUACAGCCGGAGUUAAACACUGUCAUUCUGCAUCCUCAAGCCUGUCAAUAUAUUUGGAUACUUCUGGCCAUUUCGACAAUGAUUCAAAAGCCACCAAAAGAAGCCCCUAUACUCCAACCGGAAGCUCAAGUACUUUAUUUUCACCUAGAAAGUGGCUUCAAAAGAAGCCAUCUCCACCAUCCAUCCCUCAUUCAAAUGCUGCAUGGAAAUCUGAAGAUGACUUCACGUGGAACAGCAUGUCAGGGCUGAGCGUGCGCCUGAAGCCAGUGCCCCUCCAGAGCCUCUCAGAGUUGGAGAGAGUCCGCCUGCAGGAAGUGGCCUUCAGCAGGCUGCUCCAGGACCACGACCUGGGUUGCCAGAUCACCAUCCCCAAAGAUGGUCAAAAGCAUAAGAAUUCACUCAGGAGGAAGUUGGAUUCAUUGGCCAAAGAGAAGAGUAAAGAAAAAGAGUCUAUGCCCCAGGCAUUUGGUAUAACGCUAUCGCAGGUGAUCUCUAACGACCGUGCCCAGAAGCAGCGUCAGGAGCUCCAAACCCAGCGAGAGGAGCACCGUGACGCCAGUGACCUGGUGUCCUCCCUCUUGCACCUCACCUCCCGGAGAAGCACUAAGGACAAGGAGCUGUCCAGCAGCAACUCCUCCCUCAGCUCCAACUCCGAAACGCCCAAUGAGUCCUCUUUGCCCAACAUGCCCGAGGCACAACCACGCACACGCAGGAGGGGAGGAGUGUCUGUGGAUUGCAUCACUGACCUGGAUGACAACCAGUCUCGUCUGCUGGAGACCCUCCAGCUGUCCCUGCCAGCCGAGACACCCAGCAACAAGAAGAAGCAGAGGGACAAGAAUCUCAGCCUCAACCACAUCUUUCGACAGGUGCCCAGGGUAGUGGAGAGCUGCUGCCUGCACCUGGAGAAACAUGGUCUACAGACUGUUGGCAUUUUCCGUGUAGGGAGCUCAAAGAAGAGGGUACGGCAGCUGAGAGAGGAAUGUGACCAGGGUGUGGAGAUGCAACUGGAUGAGGAGCACAGUGUCCAUGAGGUGGCCGCGCUGCUCAAGGAGUUCCUGAGGGACAUGUCUGAUCCCCUACUGACCAGGGAGCUCUACACCGCCUUCAUCAACACCAUGUUACUGGACCAUUCAGACCAGGAGAUCACCAUGCAGCUGCUGAUGUACCUGCUCCCACCCUGCAACAGUGACACCCUGCAACGCCUGCUGGAGUUCCUGGCCACGGUGGCCGCCCAUGCCGAGGACAGCCAGGACAGGGACGGACUGGAGAUCACAGGGAACAAGAUGACAUCACUUAACCUGGCCACCGUCUUUGGGCCGAACCUUCUACACAAGCAAAAGAGCUUGGACAAGGAGUUUGCUGUGCAGAGUUUUGCCCGUGCCGAAGAGAGUACAGCCAUCAUAGGCGUGGUACAGAGGAUGAUCAACACAUACGAGACCCUCUUCAUGGUGCCCCCUGACCUGCAGAAUGAGGUUCUAAUGAGUCUGCUGGAGACGGAUCCUGAUGUGGUGGAUUACCUACUGCGGAGGAAGGCUUCUCAGUACUCUGGUCCAGACAUGCUGAUGAUUGAGGAUCCCUUCUCUCUGACUGAGAGGCGCUGCUCCAGUGACUCCAACAAGGCCUCCAGUGCGGAUGUGUCCCCCUAUGAAAUCAACUCUCCAGUGCUGUCGGAGUGCCUGCUAUCCCAGGACCAGGGGGACAGCAGCCCCCUCUCUGACAGGCUCUUCAAGGUCCCCGAGCAGUACACACUGGUGGGCCACGUCAAAGGUUGUCCCAGCGACAGCCACAGUACCACUCACCAUCCACAGGCAAAGGGGAAAAGGAAAGGGAAAGGGGGAUAUACCUAGUCAGUUGUACAACUGAAUGCAUUCAGCUGAAAUGUGUCUUCCGACAUUUAACCCAACCCCUCUGAAUCAGAGCGGUGCAGAGCUGCCCAAUGAUCAAGUUGUUGGCCAUUUCAUCUCUGAAAAUAGCACUAAUACACUGUAUUGUAUAUUGCUGCUUAAUAUGAAGAAUAUUUCUGAUUUUUCCAUUAGACUCACCUGAUUAACAUUUCUGGGGUGCCUGGCAUUACUCUCUAAGGAAAGGGUUUAUGGAUCAUCAUAUCACUGGUACGUUCAUUGUCUUUGAAUAGCAUGUCUCGUUCUUUGUUCUUUGAAACCCUGCAACCUAGAAUAAAUUACAUGUACACUAGGUGGAGAUAAGACUUUGAUUAUGUGUACAUGGUUUCUCCCAGUUUCCCAUGGCGACGUUUCAGAAUGCAGCUCUUGUGGCUCAUUGGAGGGACUCGACAGUCACCAAGGUAACAACAGCAAACAGCAUGUCAGAUGAACUUACACCUCAAUUGGUAUGCCUGAAUGCAGGCCACACUCCCCAGGGACUUGCUGCAGCAGUAGCCCUCUGACGAAGAGAGGCAGAGAUUGGAGAGUACAAACCUGUUAUUACUUCACUGACCACCGGGCCAACCAGGGGGCUGCAGCCCAGAGGCCGUUACGCUAAGGGGCGGAAUGGGACAGCCUGCCAGUCCCUCCCUCAGAGGCAGGCCUGACGGUAGGGUGGAUGGAAGGCCUCCCCCUUCCUACUCUGGACCGCUCAGAGGAACUUCUCCACACCUUCUCUCUGCCUUUCCACGCACCAGCCUGGGUGUGUGACCCACCCAGAAUCUACAACUGCCCCCCCCCCCCAGGGCAGCAGCAGCCCUGGGCCCCAGACUGUGGCCCCUACGACCCCCUCCUCUGGUCCUCUGGAAGGGAAGGGUGUCAGGCAGCCCAGAGUUGCAGAAGGAGAGGUGGCAGAUAGGGCAGCUCCUAUCAGCAGACAAUACACUCUACCAGAGACACUGGUGUGAUGUUUAUACGCACUUGCUCUAACUACUUCAUCCUUCUCUAAAUUGUAGGUUAAACUUACUGAGAUGUGCUAAUUGUCUGUGAGUAAAUGUUGUUAUUUCACUCUUGAGGUGUGUCUUACAGUUUUCAUAUUUCAGAAGUCUGACUCCAACGUUUUGCCGCUAAGACAUACAGUACCUCAACAGAGACACAAAUUAGCAUCACUGACAUGUGCCUAUCUGAAUAUUGUUUACCCAUAGUAACCAAAUACUUAAUUUUCUUUCCUUUAUGUUUUAUUUUAAUUUUAUUUCAACUCAGAACAAUGGUGUGAGAAUGAAUCUGAAUGUAUCCUAAACGUAUUGGUACUAAUAGCCUACAUGUAAUGUUUAUUUUUAUAUUAUGAUAUCACCCUGUGAGAUAUAAUGCAGAUAUGUAAUAACCAAAAUCAAAUACAACUUUCUUAAUGGAACAUGACAUCAAAUUAUGUUUGAUGCUGCAAGUGUCUUUGUGUUAUUUGUAUCUUGGUGGAGCAAUUGCCAAACAAAUGAAAAUUGAUUGUUUGUGUUUUUUGAUUGUGAUAUUGAACUUAACUGUUUUGGUCACUUGCUUUUUACAACUCAUUUUAAUGUUUGUGGCCUUCUGCAACUGAUUGUAAUAGUCAUUAAUUCAGUGAUUCGUUCACGCAUCCAAAUAAAACAGUAACUGUCAUCUACCUGUUUAGAUUAUUUGAAGGGAAAAUGAAACUGGAAGAUACAGAACAUUAUGAAUGUAAUUCCACAAUACGGAGUAUAGAAAAAGAGAAAAGGAUCACUCAGUUUGUGCUUGAAUGCCACUGUCAUGAAAUGUACCAAGUUAGUUUGUUUUAUUCUUCUCCCCUAUAAUUGUUUUAUAGUUUUUGAGGGGAAAUUAAGGUACUGUACUAAGAUAUAAAUAUGGUCAUGACUUUCACUGAGUUUUUUUCAUUGUUGUUUGAAUAUUUUCUGGGAAACAUUGUUUGUUUGUCCUGACAAAACAUUAUGCCUUAGUAACAACUACAGUAUUGUCUCUGAGAUGGCUAGCCAUGCUAGUAAGACUUGUUCAUGUUCACCUUGACUUAACAUUAUGCUGCUAAUAGUCAUGCUUUUGUACCUUGUGCAACAUCAGUAUUGACAUGUUUUUAAUCUAAUCAAGCUGCUUUAAAACUGUAUUAUUGUCAACUCGAACCCUUCUUCAGCCUGAUUGUUUUACUGUAUGUGCAUUUUCCUAUGUCUUCCAUGAUGUGAUAUUAGUAAUUUUAUCAUCUUGUCAUCAUCCUCUGUAAAACUAUACAUAGAAACUAAAAAUGACGCAGAACGUUGUGGCAAUAACCUCUUACUGUCUUUAAAAUGCCUUUUAAUUUCUACUUCAUAGAGUUCUGUCAGUAUGCUCCAACUACUACAACUACUACAAUGAUUUAUUCUCGCUCUUACUUCUUAUGUGCCCAUUCUGUGUAAAGGGAAGUCAGGAACAAUGUGAGUGGUUCACACUCUAAUGAACUGGAGCGGAAGGUGUCUCUUUUUUGCAGCUUCUCCGCAGACUCCAUAAAGAUUUAUUUCUGGCACAUUUCAACACUGUAAUGAAGUGCCGGAGCUGUCUGGUCUCUGAGAGACCCCUCUCACCAACCAGGAAGUAGACCAGAGGGUCCCAGACAUAACCAUAGGGAGUUCACCUCUCCUCUCCCCAGACUGAAACACAGGCAAACUCGCUUCCUGAUUACUGGCUUAUCUUUUUAUGGGUGGGGUGAGUUAUCAUGCCCAAUCCUAUAUGGUCCUUUCGCCACUUAACUCUGUUUGCUUAAGGGUGGAGUAAGAUUUUUGUGAGAUUAUGCUAAAUAUUUGAGCAUAUAGAUGUUCUAAAUUAAAAUACAGUGUUUGUUGAUGUUAUUGUGACCUAGAUUCAAAUAAUUUCAUUGAACGGCCACAAGAGGGAACCAUGACCAAACGAAAUGUCCUGUUCUCGUGUUUUCCUGCAUUGCAUAUCUUUUGAAUUUGUUAUUACAAUAGGGAAAUUUAGGAAUAUUUUCUGUAUUUCAACUUUUUCUAAAUUAUAACAUUAUUCUAUCUUCACCAUGGUUGCAAUACCUAUGUUAUUUUGCUGAAUAUCCAUAAAUGGUUGUGUAUCUUCA